AUGAUUAAAUUCAAACUGUGCAGCGUGGUGGUUCCGUUGUACGUAUUAAUCGGAAUGGUGCAGUCGACCGGGUUCUACAUCGACAACGGUGUCGAUCAGACCGUCCGGGAGAAGAGCGUCGAGCUGCACGAACGUCAGGAAAUUGAACAUGAAAUUCUCGAACUGCUCGGACUUCCAGAUCGGCCUAAUAAAAAGCACGUGCAUCCUUCGUUAAGGAAGUCAGCGCCACAGUUCUUGUUGAACAUCUACCACAAGUUCACGGAGGAAUCGAACGGCGGACACCGAACGCGCCGAAAGCGGUACGCAGACGGUAGCAAUCUGUUCACGAUCGCCGACGAGCGGGCGAUCGGCGAGAGUGACGUGAUCAUGUCCUUCCUGAACAAAGCCAACCGCCAUCUGCCCAAGAUUCGGCAUCACCGCGAUGGACAUCGGCUCUGGUUCGACACGACAGAGAUCGGUGCCGGUGGGGACACCAAUCAGCUGCUGUACGCGAGCCUGCGCAUGUACAAGAACCGAAGCACCGACCGGCCCUGGGAUGCGAUCGUACGCGGUCGUCAGAUAGUGGUGCGGGCUUCACUGAUCGGUGGGUACGACGCGAUUAAAGAUGGCCACCGGUUGGAGUACAUUGGUGAGCAGUCGGUGCCUUACAACUACGAAGGAUGGGUUGAGCUUAAUGCCACCCAGGCCAUGCAACGGUGGGUUGUCGAUCGGGUCGGUAACAAGGGCAUAUUCGUGGAGGUGUACUAUGCGGAGAGUCCUCGCAAGGAGUUGCUACCGGACGAGGUGGGCCUAAUCCUAUCGAACCGUUUCGGACGCUAUCAGCCAUUUCUCGUGGGCUACUGUAAGGGACCGGAGCUGGUGCAACCCACGGCAUCCAUUUCCGGCGGUACCGGCACCGGUGGACGUUCGAAGCGUAGCAUUCGGCGCACCGCCGGUAAGCGUACCGAGCGGAUCCGCAAUCCCUUCCUCGAACGGUUCGCCGGUGCGACGGAGCGGGAAAAGAGCUGCCAAAUUCAAACGCUGUACGUGAGCUUCCGCGAUCUCAACUGGCAGGACUGGAUCAUCGCACCGGACGGGUUCGGGGCGUUCUUUUGCUUUGGCGAGUGUAACUUCCCGCUCAACACGCACAUGAACGCGACCAACCAUGCGCUCAUACAGACGCUCGUACAUCUGAUGCAUCCGACCCGUGUGCCGAAACCGUGCUGUGCGCCCACCAAGCUGAACCCGAUCUCGGUACUGUACCACAUCGACGAUGCGAACAUUAAUUUGAAAAAGUACAAAAAUAUGGUCGUCAAAAGUUGCGGAUGUUUGUAA